CGGCUGGGCGGUUUGAUAGCGAGGCUGUGGGCGGGGCUGCACCGGUACUGCUGUUGACUGAGGCUGCAAGAUGGCGGAGAGUCUGACAGCCCAGGAGGAGCUGACAGUUGAAGAGUUUUUCACAGAACUGAAAAAUAGAGAGCAACCCAAUGUUGUCUUGGUGUCCCAGAACACUGCUGUGAAAUUUUUGAUGGCAAGAAAGUUUGAUGUAUCUCGAGCUAUUGAUUUAUUCCAGGCAUAUAAAAAUACAAGAUUAAAAGAAGGCAUUUACAAUAUCAGUCCUGAUGAAGAGCCUCUACGUUCAGAACUGCUGAGUGGUAAAUUUACUGUUUUACCUGGAAGAGAUGCUAAAGGAGCAGCUCUAGCCUUGUUUACUGCCAGGUUACACAGACCUGAUGUUACUACACAUAAAGCAGUACUUCAGGCUAUAAUCUAUCAGUUGGACAGAGUAAUUGAAAGUGUAGAGACACAGCGAGAUGGCCUAAUUUUCAUCUAUGAUAUGACCAGUUCAACUUAUGGAAACUUUGAUUAUGAACUCUGUGUGAAAAUCUUGAAUCUUCUAAAGGGUGCAUUUCCUGCUAGGCUGAAGUGCGUAUUCAUUGUUUCAUCUCCUUUGUGGUUUCGAGCUCCAUUUGCUGUUCUCAGGCUUUUUGUGAGGGAGAAGCUAAGAGAGAGGGUCUGCACUGUGAAAGCUCAUGAGCUGGCAAACCACAUACCAAUGGAAUCGUUGCCAGAGCAUCUUGGAGGUUCAUCUAAAUACAACCAUGUAGCUUGGAUCCAAUCUUGUGUAAAUUCCACCGAAGGCCAGCAGAAUGGAGAUUGUAUGGACAAUCUUUUUCACUCUUACACCGUAGACCAGAAUCCUGCUAGUGAUGGACUGAACUCGAAUUGUACUCCGCAGACUGUGACUGACAACACCAAGCACCAACAUAAUCAUUAUCAUGAAAACUGGACUAGCAACUUGCAUGCUGAUCCAAGUUCUCUGGGUAAUUUGCAGAACUGGAACAGUUCUGUGGUGACUGCGAACUAUGACGGUGCUGACAUAGAUUCUAGUGUCAAUACAAACGGUCGCAAGCCUCCCCCACAGUCAGAAACCCCACCAGACACGCCUUUACACAAGCAUGCCUCUGAAGAAUUAGCUGUCCCCCCCCUGCCGCAGAAAUCCCGGCCGUUGCCUUUGGUGAUGGAGAUGUCCAUUCAUUUGCCAGAGGAUGGGGGGAUGCAUAUUCAGGAGCUUGUGCAGCAUAUAAAAAGGAAGAAGAAGAAAGGUAUAUAUCAAGAGUAUGAGGAUAUCAGGAAAGAACCUCCAUCUGGAACAUUUGACUACUCCAAGAAGCCUUGCAAUCAGAUCAAAAAUCGGUACAGCGAUGUUCUCUGUUUGGACCAGUCCAGAGUAAAACUAAAUGUUGUGGAUGAUGAUGAUGAGACUUCUGACUAUAUCAAUGCAAGUUUUAUGGAUGGAUAUAAAAGAAAGAAUGCAUACGUAGCUGCGCAGGGUCCUUUGCCAAAAACAUUUGGGGACUUCUGGCGUAUGGUAUGGGAACAAAAGGUUUUAAUUAUUGUAAUGACAACAAGAGUUGUGGAAAGGGGUAGAAUAAAAUGUGGACAAUACUGGCCACUUGAGGUUGGGCAAGCUGAAGAAUAUGGGCAGUUUUUAAUUAGAAAUAUUCAUAUAGAGAUGUUUCAAGACUUCAAGCUUUCCCAUUUAGAAGUUUACAACAAGGAGACCGGAGAGAGCAGAGAUGUUGCACACUAUCUCUAUAUGAUUUGGCCUGAUUUUGGUGUACCAAAAUCAGCCUCUGCCAUGUUAGAUUUCAGAUCCCAGGUAAAACAGCAUCAGGAAGCGGCACUUCAGGCUUUCGGGUCUGAAUGGACUGGUCCCCCUGGAGGUCCACCUAUUGUUGUUCAUUGCAGUGCAGGAAUUGGAAGAACAGGUACCUUUUGCACUCUUGACAUCUGUCUGUCCAGACUGGAGGAUAUUGGUACAGUUGAUGUCAACCAGACAGUGAAGAGAAUGAGAACUCAACGUGCAUUCAGUAUUCAGACCUGGGACCAGUAUUACUUUUGUUACAUGGCUGUCUUAGAGUAUGCACAAAGGAGAGGAUUACUUGCUCAAGUGGAAUGGUCCGAUUCAGACUUGGAGACGGACAGCGAGUAAGACAGGAUUUUUGGGGGAGGGAUCUCCUGUUGCUGUACUUGUGGAUUCUGUUACAUGCAAGGUAUAUACUUGUCAUCUCUACAGUUUAUAAAGCUUUUGAGAAAGCACUGAAAAAUUGUCUUAUGAAUUAUAGCAUCAGUGAGUUCAAGAACUUGUAGACUGGAAUGGCAAACUUGAAACCAACUUUAUUUUUUGUUUUGUUUUUUAUUUGUCCUUGAAGUGUACACACACACACAAAAAAAAAAAAAAAAAAAAACUUGAACAUGGAUUUUAAGCAUUUUAAGCAUUCUUUGUUAAAUGGGAAGCUUAUAAAUUAUGGCCUCUACAUUAUAAUGGUGUCAGUGUAGUUUUGUCUGCAGGUCUGUCGUUCAUUAUUUGAGUUAUGUUUUUGUACUUUUCUCAAUGUUAUCAGUGAUUGUUACGUAAACUAGCCCAAAAGCCAAAGGUAGUACAUAGAUUGCUCAUAUGUCAUCUUGAACAUUGGCAGCAGUCCUGUAUAUUUAUGUAAAAUACAUUUAUAUUGUGCAUAGAAGUUUUGACAAGCAUUUAAUGAUUACCAUGACAUUAGCAAGCAUAUACCGGAUACGCUUAGUACAACUAAUAACAUUGUGGUGUUGAUCAGGUCUUAGUGCAAACUGUACAUUUCUAGAAAACAUGCAAAAAUUGGCCUUGACUUUUUUUUUUUGUCUUUCAAACUGCCAUGUUUUAAUCUAUAUACAGUGUUUUUUUAGUAGCUUUUUUUUUGUAUUAUUCAACCUGACACUACAGAGUGCAGUGUUUUGUUUAGUGGUCAACACUGCCUUACAUAUAUGUGCCUUCAAUUUAUCUGUAGCACAAUGUGUCCAAUACAUACUAGCAACUGACAUAUACUUGCAUACCAGGAUUGAAUAUUUUUGUAAUCUCAGGGGUAAAUUUAUUGUUGCUAGUUUUUAAAUUUAAUUUUUCUCUUGGUUCAGCUCAUGUUAAUUGUCAUUUGCAGAAUAUAAUUUUUAAAUUUUUUGGUCAUUUUUCAAUUUUAUAUACUGUAUUUUAUUCUGUUAUUUAUGUGGCUUUGUAAAUGUUGACAGUAUUAAUAAAUGAUUGUUGGUACGAUACUAAAAAAAA